AUGGUAAUAAAGAAUAAUUUGAAUACAAUGAAAAUUUUUCAUAUUUUUUUAAUAUCUUCAACAGAAGGCGCGCUCAGUAAAUUCUCCGAGCUCAUGCUCUUGUACAAAGAUAGAGGCGAAGUCUUUGAAGCCUUGGGCCAUCUCAAUACAUGCAAUAAAGAAGAAAUUAACAAAAUCUUUCAGCAGAUCAAAAAAGUUUUGAUUGAUUCUAAUGAAAAUUCAGUCAAUGAUAUCCUAGUCCUUAUCUCUAAGUUUGCUAUCUUCAAUAAUCGUUAUUUCAGAUCAUAUUGGGAACUUUUCAAACUCAUCUUCGAAGAAUACCGUCCAAAAUAUGAAGGCAUACAUCCUCUUUUUUAUUAUCUGAUUUACAAAGAAUACGGAAUAGGUUUUGAAGAGAAAUGUGGAAUUCGAUUCAGCGAUUUAGAAUCUCAACACGUUUCAUUGAACACUCUUGAAGAAAAUACCAUUUCCAAAGCUAUUAUGGAUGAUAAUGUUCAAUCAUUUAUAAACUUCACGAAAGUCGAUGGAUUUAAUGAAAACCAGAAAUUCAAAGUGUAUUUUAUCCAGACUCAUAUGAUGGCUAUUCAUUAUUAG